UUCCGGAUUUCAGCAACACUGCGCACCUCCUCCUCUGUGGAUUUCUUUUCCGGUCGGGUGACAAAAUGACGGGCUUUAGUGAAAAGCCAAUUUUGAUCGAUGGUCGUGGCCAUUUGUUGGGCCGCUUGGCGGCUAUCACAGCUAAGACCAUCCUCCAGGGAAACCGAGUCGUCGUUGUACGAUGCGAGCAAUUGAACAUCUCCGGCAAUUUCUUCAGGAAUAAAUUGAAGUUCAUGUCUUUCCUUCGUAAGAGAUGCAACGUAAAUCCAGCACGUGGACCCUUCCACUUCCGAGCUCCCAGCAAAAUUUUCUGGAAGACAGUAAGAGGAAUGAUUCCACACAAGACUGAGAGGGGAAAACAGGCUCUUAGACGUUUGAAAUGCUACGAGGGCUGCCCACCCCCCUAUGAUCGCAGAAAACGUCUCGUUGUUCCUGGCGCCAUGAGGGUCAUGUGCCUCAAGCCAGGCAGAAAGUACUGUCACGUGGGUCGUCUGUCCCACGAAGUUGGAUGGAAGUACAAGGCGGUGGUUCGCACCCUGGAGAACAAGAGGAGAGUCAAAUCUAUCCUCGAAGUACAGAAGAGAGACAAGCUCAAGAAACUCACGAAGGAGGCUGGACAGAAGGUCGCCAAGAGCGCUGCACCCUACACUGCUAUCAUCAACAGUUUUGGAUACAAUUAAGGAUGUCAUGAAGAUAAUAAAGCCUUAUAAAAAAAA